AUGACCAUGGAAAGCGCUUCUUAUCUUUUCCUUCUCCUCUUUGUGUCGAUGCAAUCUCCUCACCCUGUCGAAGGAGGUACAACAAUCACCCGGGGUAUAUCGCAAGAGUACGGGUUCAUGGAGACGGCCCGCUUCGAAGACUGCGGAGUCGGAGGCCUUGGUGCCUUCCUCAACACAUCGGCGUAUAACCGAGCAGAAUGUGGGAUAAGAUGCCUCAUGGAAGACGAUUGUCUGUCUUUUGAGUACGACAUGGAGAACAAAACUUGUAGCUUCUUUGAUUAUGGUGCGCUGCCGUUUUUACGGCCGAAGUUUGGAUUUGUGUUUGCUGAUAGUGUCGAUCCAAAAGUUGGAGAGCAACACCCAUGUGAUGACGAUCCCUGCCUCUCUGGAAACAUCUGCACGGAGGAAUGCUACCCGAAUGGGUUCAGGUGCCAGUGUCCGGACGGGCUGCAGGGAGAUACAUGUAAUGAGCUGUCACCAGUGGACGGAGGUUUCUCAAGAUGGGGCAAUUGGUCUGAGUGUCGCACCCCAGUCUGCAAGUCAAUAAGUUAUCGAAACUGUAGCAACCCCUGGCAGAUUCUACCCGGCAAGGAUUGCGUGGGACCAAACACAAAUGUAACAGACUGUGACAGUGAAGAAGAAUGUAAUGUCUACCCUUAUGUUGGUUGCUAUGUCCAGAGUCAACUGGAGUCAAACUAUGACGUUUCCCUGGUAACCACCAGCAGUGAUAUGACCAUUCCGUCAUGCAUGGAUAUCUGCUCAAUGACUGGCUUCAAAUUAGCAGCUUUGAUUGGUAACGGUUGUUACUGUAUUCGUGACAUGCAGGCAACAGACUUAUCUGACGAGUCCCAGUGCUCAACAAACUGCCCUGGAGAUUCUAGCGAGACUUGUGGAGGGAAGUCCUACGCCUCGGUGUACUGGGCUGGCUCCUCUUCAGAUGGUACAUCCUACAGAGGUUGUUUCUCUGGAUCAAUCCAAAAUGGCAACGAGAUCCGUAGCUACACUCCGUCCGUUGCCACCCCGCAAGUCCCCACUACCACCCAGUCAACCAGUGGUGACAGCAAUGCAACCACCCAGGCGCCCCCGUCUACCACCCCUGCCUAUCCCGGAGUGACGGUGAGAGAAUGCCUCGAGGAGUGUCGUGACUCUGGGUAUCAGUUUACCGCCUUAUUCAACGCAUCGACCUGUGUGUGCCAUAAUUCCUUGGUUGGACUGACGUACGAGACUACGUCGCAGUGCAAUAUGGCAUGCCCUGGAGGGGAUGAGAUGGGGAAAUACUGCGGGGGCAGUAACACAUACUCCAUCUUUCAGAUGGAUAGUACAAACACAGAGUUUUGGUCCGAGUGGUUCAACUUUGACUCCCCAUGGGUUGACGGUAAUGACAUCGAGACGACCCAAGAAGUUGCCAACACCAUGCCUUGGAUCUGUGCAAACCCUCUGGACAUCCAAUGUCAGUCGCAGGACACACCCUUCGACGAAACUGGAGAUCAGUUCCAUGUGGAGUGUACACUGGAGGGAGGAAUCAACUGCACACAGAGCUUGCAGGUUUACUAUGUGAACGUAACUUUCACCGUUCCUGACUGGCGGUUUGUUCAAAUAGAAGAAGACUACAACGUCACUGAGCUUGCCUGUGAGUGGGUCAAUGCCUCAAGCAACGCAACGUCAUUAAACGGAACCAUGUUGAACCAGACAAUGGCCAAUCAGACGAUGACAAACGCGACAGUUGGUAAUUCAACAACGGGCGGAGUAAACGGAACAAUGGAUAAUUCGACCAUUGGAAACACGACCGUGGUAGAUGGAAACAAUGGUCUGGAUACUGGGUACCUAAUGUGUAACAAUGAGACGCUGAGCCUCGUUAGGAAUAUCACCGUUAACGAGACGUAUGCACGGCUGACAUGGAGGAUGGAUAAAGUCGCACCGCAGUGUAACGAUUACAAAUUCCGUUUGAAAUGCAGAAAUGAACCAGCGAAAAUGAUUGGAUGCUUUUCCGAGGGCGACGUCAACGACACCAUAACUACCAGCAUCGGUCUGGACAUCGGGAACUGCACCACAUACUGUUCCAACCUCGGUUACCAGCUCGUGGGUAUGUCUAAGAGUGCUGGAGAGUGUGCUUGCGGUUCGUCCAUGAAGAAUAACAAGGUUCUGGCAGGCCAGUGCGUCAAUACCUGCGGCACUGAGGGAUAUCCGUGCGGUGGUUUCGGAACGCAGUCUGUGUACUAUGCUGGUGACUGCAAUCUACCAUUUGGAAUCACCAAGAGUCAGAUGUCUGGUACCCCGAUGCACAACAAUGAUGCCACUGAUGAUUAUGACCUCUGGUUUGAUACUCUCGAUCAGAACCCGACCAUUGAGCUGACAAAUUUCACCAACAUUGACGUCGACAUCCCUUUUGAGAUGGAGAUCAAUCUGGGAAGCAAGCGCUCAUUCAACAGGAUGGAGACUAAAGGAAUGUACAUCAGCGGGAUCAGCCAAUACACUGGCGUCACUAAAUUCAGAAUCGGCUACAAAUUGGACCUGGAUCAAGACAUCCAACUUGUGACUGAGAGAGGCUUAUUUGAGGCUAAGGAAUUUUCUGUGUCGUCCGUAACCAGCACGACGUCUCACUCGAUGGGGGAAGUGAUAUAUGCACAAUAUGUGUUUAUCUUUGUGGAUGACUAUGAUAUGUUCCCAGGAAUCAAACUGGAUAUGUAUGGAUGUAUUGACGGGUAGAGGAAUGGAAAGAUUUUGUACUAAGCCUAAUUUCAUAAAGCUGCUUACUGUAGCAAGAAAACAUUAGUAAGCGAAUGAUCAAUUACUUCUGUGGCGAGUUUCCAGGUAGACUUGCUAGACGGGGAAAUCCUUGCAAUCUGAUAUUGGCCCAAUUUCAUAAAGCCUGUGAGCAUCAGGCCUUGAAUUUUAUCUUUGUUGAGAGGGCAAGGCCAUUUUAA